UAGUUACUUUUAAAAAUGCCUCAGGUUAAACGACAUUUUGAGCAAUAUUCUGAUGGAUGGCUACCGCACCUCACCAACCUCGUGAGCGACAACCUCCUCCAGAGCCUCGCGAGCGCCAUGCGCCACCACCGCCCCGCCGACCUAAUGCACAAGCUCCACCGCCCCCGCGCGAGCGACAGCCGCCACCCCCACCACGGGAACGACAACCUCCUCCUCCCCCUCGAGAGAAGUAAUCCAUGGAAAGGCAACAUAAUAUCUAAUGCACAAUACCGUAAAGUUAGGAUAAGCAAAGACUACCUUAUGAACAUUGGCUGUUUUGAAAAGUCUGGAUUGAGUAGAAAAUUCCGUCAAUGUAACUAAAGUAAUAUCUGAGGGUUGUAUGAAGAAAAAAAACCUUAUGUCCAUAUUUUGAAAUUUAGAUUACAAACAUUGCUUUAGAGUACUGAAAAUCAUGCAAUGGUAAAAGACAUUAAGUCCUAUCGUCGUUUAUUUUUAUUUACCAUAUUUUAUUUGACUGUAAGAUUGAUUUUAAAUGCUUACAUAAGAGUCUCAUUCUCUUUAAAACGCUCUGUAGUAAAAAAUACUAUUUGGCUCUUAAGUUCUUUACUUCUCACCUAUACAUUUAAAUUGCCACACAGCUACAAUACCCCAUUAAUAUUGUGUUUUGCUACUUUGUGCAAACAAACAAAUAGAUACUCAACUGUACUAGCCCAUAAAACCUUUAAGCAUUUGAUUUAUGUCAAUUGUAGUAUCGUGAAAUAUUAAUUAACAUACUUAAGAAAUAAAAAUUGCUACAGAAAUGGACACUAACCUGAUAAUGACACUAUUAUUGUAAAAUAUUUAUUUCAUAUUGAUAAUUGGGCCAAAUCAAGGUUGUGGAAAAGUAUACUCUAACAUUAAUAAAUUUGGAAAUGUAUUUUAAUGUUUAUAUUAUGUACCUAUAUAAAUUAUAAAUAUGUAUGUAGAGAUGCUCAAUCAAUAUAACAUACCUUAGGCAACAAUAGCCAAAUCUAUAUUGUCGAUAAAUGUACCAAAGGAGCAUGUCAAGUUAUUCUUAUAUGAUAAUAUGUACAGUGCUUCUAUUUUCUCAAUGUCUCUCGGCAAUCAUCGGAUUUCCCAAUGCACAUGAAUAUUAAUUUCCAUGUCCAUUAAUUAUUAGAUUUAAAAUCUAUAAUAAUUUUAAUUUAGAACAAUGUCCUUUAUAGUUGUUUUGAUAUCUGUGUGAUUUAUACAGAGCUGUAAAACUAUUUCCCAGUUUUUAAUAACAGUUACUUCAUGUCAUUAAGCAAGUUACCAAAAAUAUAAAGAAAAUUAAGUGUGCUUUUUUAUAUAACUAAAAAUGAAUAUUUUUCCAGUUAUUAAUAAUUUCAAUUCAGUCCGUAUCUCAACGCAUUUUUUUCAUUUGACUCAGCUAUAUUAGUAUGUCGCCAUCGAUGGUGUAAUCAGUUUCCACGCUGCUUGAACAGGUAUUAAUUUUAGGAUUGUAAAUAAUAAAAACGAUAAUGAUAACAAUAAUAAUUGUAAUAAAUAAAAAAUGUAAUAGCAACUCUAUAUACUUCCAAGUCGACUGAAAGCGUCCGGUCUGUACCAAAGGCAAA